AUAGUAUUUAGAACAGGCCAUUACAACAAGCUGUUGGAUGUUAUUUAAAUUAUCUGAAAUGUGGCAUGUGACCCUGUAUUCUAGGAUGCACACUCCUGGAGGGGUAACUGAAAAAAAAUUGGUUUUCAUUGGGUUGAAGGGAUACUCCCAUCCUUUCUGGGAUGGAAUACAGUGUAUUUAUGGAAAUUUCCCCAGGUUACUGUGCUUUGGAGGAGAACAUGCAUGGAAACAUGCACUAAUUGAUGCAUAACAUCACCCCACAGCUGUAAUUGCUGGCCUCCUCUGAACGUCUGGUGGAGUAAAAGCUGUGAGGGGAUCUCCACAGCUGCAAGAUUUGUUGUCCCCACUCACUUGGGCUCUUUGGUCUGUGGCAGUGGCACCUAUUUUCCUGUUCAGCAUUUUCUUGGAUGAUGGUGCUCUGUUUUCUGAGCAGAGCCCUGCCACGAAUGAGGCAUUCACCCAGCCCACUGGGGAGACAACUCUGUUCAGCCAGCACGAAUAAGCCAGUGUUGACUUUAUUCAGCAAGAAACCAUGCCCUCUGUGUGAUGAAGCAAAAGAAGUUCUUGAGCCAUACAGGAGAAGGUUUAUUUUGCAGGAGGUGGAUAUUACCCUUCCAGAGAACUCAGCAUGGUAUGAUAAAUACAAAUAUGACAUACCUGUUUUUCAUUUAAAUGGGAAGUUCUUAAUGAAGCAUCGAGUCAAUAUUCAAAAGUUUGAGGACCGACUUAGGAAGCUGGAGUUGCAAAGUGAGGGAAACCAGUGAAGAAAAUGCAGCUGCUCUGAUGCAGGUCUCAAAGGUGAAAAGAACUGCGUGAAAAAAACAUAUUCAUUUUCUUGCCUUAAAUUUCUUAGGACAUAUGAGUCUGAAAAACUUGAGUGACCUGUGUUCUAUUUUGUAUUAAUCACCCAGCCCAGCUGCACCAGGAGCCACCUUUUCUGUGCCUCUCGUUUGCUGCUCUUGUGGGCUGGUUUUUCACUGACAGAAUAAAAGCUGCUCCAUAACAGUAGAUAAAGUGAACACUGUUUGUAUGGGGUUGGCAUGGCCAGGUUUGGGUAGUGGGGGGUGGUGCAGGGGUGCUUUCUUUAAGAACGUGCUGGAAGCUUCCCCUGUGUCCAGCUGAGCCAGUGCCAGCCAGCUCCAGGAUGGACCCUCUGCCCACAUCAAAGACCAUCAGGGAUGAUGAGGAAAAAGAAGAGAAUGUUUAAUAAAAUCACCACAAACCCCCUUCUCCAUCUCACUGAGCCACUGAAGGGAAAGAGGAAGAGAAAAUUGAGAGUGAAGUUAAGCCUGGGAAGAAGGGGAGUUGUUAAGAUUUAGUUUCAUUUGUCCUUUAGUUUCCUUUGUCUUUAUCCUACUGUGAUUUGAUUGGUAAUAAACUAAUUUCCCUAAGCCAAGUCUCUUCUGCCUGUGGCAGUGAUCAGUGACUGAUCUCUGUGUUCUCAUCUCAACCCAUGAGCAUUUUAUUGUAUUCUCUCUCCCCUGCCCAGCUGGUGAAGGCAGUUAUGUGGGUGUGGCAUCCAGCCAGGAUCAGCGUUUAAAAGGUGAUUAGCAUGUGUAGACUGUAGAUGUGUGGAGGAAUUCCUUGAAGAUGUCUAGGAGCCUAUCCUAAAUGAGAGUUUUAAAUGGAAAAGAGGGCAUUUACUGUUAAGUUAAAAGGACACUAUUAAAAGCCACACACUCUCACUGGAAUUGUAUUUAUAGACUGAUCAUCACAAUUUGAUACAUUUAUUGCUAACACCUAACACUAACAAACACUAAUGUGUUUGUUUUUCACAUUUCAGUUCUGUCUGCCGCUCAGCUGCAAAUCCAUUUAUUAAGUGGCAGGAAUGCCAUUUUAUGAAGGAUUGUUGCAGUUACAUUAGAGCCCCAUAGGCAAUGUAGGCCUGUGAAAGAGACAGAAGGCCCAAGUUAAACAUGUUUUCAGGAAGAAGCGAAUGACAGAUUCAAGAAAAGUCAACCGUUUUAUGUUAAAUAGUCUGUAAUAGACUGGAGAAAGUUGCUGGUAUUUUUUGAUGUGCUUAGUAGAUUCUUUAACACAGAAACUAAUCUCUACCUGCUGCAUUUCUGUUCUUAUCGUGGUGAUACAUGGAUGCUGACAAUUGGUCUAAAUUUAGGCUUCAGGCUCUGUCAGGGUCUGUGUGAAAGACAGGCAAGCAACUUUCUCAUUCUGGCCUGGGAAAAUCUUAAGGAGGAAACCAAAACAAUCCUUGGAAGUGAAAAACCAUCAGCAGGUGGUAUUUUUCCAACAUGUUUACUGAAAAAGAUAUUUACAAAAAGGGUGUAGACUCUAGAGACCAAUCAUGUUCGUUGUACCGAAGUACUCUAUAUAAGAGAAUUUAGAAGAAUAAAGAUUGCGCUCAUUUUCAUCAUCA